AUCCCUACAUCAGAAAUAAAGUUUGUCAAAGAAGCUUUAGGGAGUUUUGUUCCAUGGCCAAGACAUUUGGUCAAACCCAUGUUACCUGAGGAAGCAGAGAAGGAUGUCAGCUCACCAUUGAAGACUGUUGAGGAGGAAAAGCCACCUGAGGUUAUUGAUCCAUUGGAAGAGUUGGUGAAGAACUUGUUCGACAUUUACCAAAGGCCUGUUGAGGUGUUAUGGGAUGGUGCUAAAUUUGGGAUCAAUAAUGUCCAAGAUGGCUUCUUCAUCACACACGCUGAUGUGAGCGAGAUAAUAUUAGGAGACAAGUGUUUAAACAUCUCCAUUCUACAGCUAUGGCUUAUGUUUAUUCAUGAUUGGAGUGCGAGCAUUGGUUAUGGAGCAUUGUAUGGGUUCCUUGAACCUCAGUGUAUCCACAAUGCAAACAGUAGACGUCAAGAGUGUGAAAAUUACAUUGGAAUGUGGUUGAAGGAAGCAGGAAAACAAAUUUACAUAGCACCUUAUUUAAAUCAGGCCCAUUGGCAGCUCCUUGUAUUGUGCCCAGGUGACAAUGUAGUGGUUUGGUUUUGUUCUUUGCGAAAGAGGCCGGAUGCUGCCAUCAAGGGUGCAGUAAACAGUGCAAUGAAAUCAGUCACCAAAACUGCAGAGGGAAAGCCACCUUAGCACGGG